AGGAGGAAGGAGUAGCCAGAGAUCCUGGAGCAAGUUCACUGACAACCAUCUGCGGUCGUCGCUAUCAUGGCUUUCCUCUGCAGAAGCGCCGCUUUGCUCCUGAAGCCCUCCAGAGCAGCGCCGGCCGUGUUGUCCGCCGCUCGCCUCUACAGCUCAGGUGGCCAGUAUGACUAUAUUUUGGUGGAGAAGCGCGGUGAGAAGAACAACGUGGGUUUCAUCCAGCUGAACCGGCCUAAGGCUCUCAACGCUCUGUGUGACGGACUCAUGAAGGAGGUGGGACAGGCCCUGGAUGCCUUUGAAGCUGACAGCGACGUCGGAGCAAUCGUUAUCACCGGCAGUGACAGAUCCUUUGCUGCGGGAGCGGACAUUAAAGAGAUGCAGAAUCGCACCUUCCAGGAGUGCUACGGUGGAAACUUCCUGGCUCAUUGGAACAGGGUGUCCACAGUGAAGAAGCCUGUGAUCGCUGCUGUUAAUGGAUUUGCUCUGGGUGGAGGCUGUGAGCUGGCCAUGAUGUGUGACAUCAUCUACGCUGGAGAGAAGGCACAGUUCGGCCAACCUGAGAUCCUGUUGGGCACCAUUCCUGGGGCGGGUGGCACCCAGCGCCUGACUCGUGCAGUGGGCAAGUCCCUGGCUAUGGAAAUGGUACUAACAGGAGACAGGAUUAAUGCUCAAGAAGCCAAGCAAUCAGGUUUGGUGAGUAAAGUGUGUCCUGUGGACCAGCUGGUGUCUGAAGCUGUAAAAUGUGGGGAAAAAAUUGCUGCUAACUCCAAACUGGUUUCUGCCAUGGCUAAAGAGGCUGUUAACGCUGCUUUUGAACUGACUUUGGCUGAGGGGAAUCGUUUGGAAAAGCGCUUAUUCCACGCUACCUUUGCUACGGAUGAUCGUAAAGAAGGCAUGUCAGCAUUUGUGGAGAAGAGAAAGGCCAGUUUCCAGGACAAGUAGAAAAGAGCAGAUCAGGAGCUCAGCCAAGAAGACAGAGGUCCCGACAUCAGCGGGUCCUUUCCUUACCCACAACAAGUUGAAUGAUAUAAAAAUCCUGAUGGUAGUGGAACAUGCAAGCUGUUUAAAUUAGGAUCUGGCACUGAGUGAUUGAGUGCACAAGAGUGUCUUAUCACAGCGAAGCCCUGCCUGAUGACGCUCAGUGUCAAAAUCAGAUGCAGUGAGGGUGCAGGAGUGCAGUGGGUUUGUAUGUGAAUCCCAUUUGAUAACUGUUUUACAGUGAUUGUGUAAUAGGAGGAAUCAGUCUGGAUGACUUCUACUGACUUUGCCUUUUCUUUUUCACUGUCAAGUGUUUGUCUGCAUUUUGUGGGCAGCUUUUUCUCCUGUGUACAUUUUACAAAUAAAGCACUAGACUGGUUUUCAGUACCCGCAACUAAGA